AGAAGAGAUCCACAAAACAUAUACACUGAGAUCACCGAGCCAUGGUAAGACAGGCUUAAAGAUCCUGAUAUUAGUGACAGAUGACACGUUAUGACAGCUGUCAGUCAGUUAAGUAAAAAAAUUUAAAUUUAUUUCCUUUUAACAUUGUCCUGUAAGAGGACAAUGGCCUUAAAUCAUGAUACAAUUAUUACAUGUAUUUUAAAAAAUAAGUAUAUUCACUUACCUUCAGAACCACAUCAAAUAAAAAAUAGGAAUGAGUCGUCACAGAUCAAACAUUUUCGCAGUGCCUCCCAUCCAGGCGCUGAUUUGUAUUAUCUAUUGACAUCGCAAAAUAAGUUUUUAUAAAACUGAAACGACUGGACAUAAAAAAAUAAUGUAAUAACCUUUUCACUUUCAUAAAUAUUCCUGUCUGUAGAGUAUCUUCUCACCUGUUACUUCACCAACCCGCGAAUAAUAAAAAGUGCAUCAAGAACUAGGCAAAAAACCAAGAAAAACUGAUACUGAUGCCAAACUUUUGUGUGUCACUGAAGUAAACAAAGGCCAAACAGACUUGUAUUUGUUCCAUUUUGAAAUGUAAGUUUUCAUGAAGAAUAAAAUGAAUUCAAAUGAAGCUUCCUGUCUAUCUUGCAAGAUAAUAACAGUUAGUUGCCUCACAGGGAUUGGAGCUUAUCUCCUAAAUACUGCAAAAAUUUACAAGGGAAACUCAAAAAUCAUUCUUAGCAUUUUAGGAACAGGAUCUAUUGCCUUAGGUGUUGGCGCCAUAUUUGACCGUUUGCCAUUCAAGGUUGAUGAAUAAAUUGGAAAGGUUUAAAACUGAUAUUCUUAUUUCAUUAUUUUUAUAAAUAAUUUAAUAAUAAGAUGUGAUAUAUUCAUAAA